CAUUGUGAGCGCUGCGUGUGGUGCGUGAGAGCCGGUGACGACAGCAUGUCUGGCCGCGGCAAGCAGGGAGGCAAGGCGAGGGCCAAGGCCAAGUCGCGCUCUUCGCGGGCCGGCCUGCAGUUCCCCGUGGGCCGCGUGCACCGCCUGCUGCGCAAGGGCAACUACGCCGAGCGGGUGGGCGCCGGCGCGCCCGUCUACUUGGCGGCCGUGCUCGAGUACCUGACGGCCGAGAUCCUCGAGCUGGCCGGCAACGCCGCUCGCGACAACAAGAAGACCCGCAUCAUCCCCCGCCACCUGCAGCUGGCCAUCCGCAACGACGAGGAGCUCAACAAGCUGCUCGGCAAAGUCACCAUCGCCCAGGGCGGCGUCCUGCCCAACAUCCAAGCCGUCCUCUUGCCCAAGAAGACCGAGAGCCACAAGGCCAAAGGGAAGUAAACCUUGGCUGCCCCCCAAAGGAAAAAAA